UUUCUCUUGCUGCUUUUAAUAUUCUUUCUUUUUCUUUUCUUUUCUCUUUUUCUUUUUUUGGCUGUGUGCACAGUAUGAGGAAGUUACUGGGCCACAACAGUGACAAGGCCAGAUCCUUAACCCACUGUAUCACCGGGGAACGCCUGCUAUUAUUUCUUUAGCUUUAAUUUUUGUCUUUUUAAUUACGGUGUGUCUUGGUGUGGUCCUCUUUGGGUUGACCUAUUUGGAACCCCUUGUGCUUCCUGGACCUGUAUAUCUGUUUCCUUCUUUUAGCUGUUAUAUUUUCACAUGUGUCCACUUCUCCUUUCUCUCUCUCUCUCCUUCUGGGACCCCUAUAAUGUGAAUGUUGGUAUGCUUGAUGUUGUCCCAAAGAUCUCUUAAACUGUCCUCAUUUUUUAAAAUGAUUUUUUCUUUUGUUCUCUUCAGCUUGAGUGACUUCCACUACUCUGUGUUUGCUGAACCAUUCCUUUGUACAUCUAAUCUAUUGUUGAUUCUUCCUAGUAUUUUUUUUAUUUCAGUUAUUGUAUUCCUCAGCUGUUUGCUUCUUCUCUACAUUUUCUAACUCUUUGUUAAACUCCUCAUUGUGUUCAUCCAUUCUUCUCCUGAGUGUUUGAGUAUCAUUAUGAUUAUUACUUUCAACUCUUUGUCAGUUACAUUGUGUAUCUCCACUUCUUUUAGUUCUUCCUCUGGGGUUUUAUCUUUUUCCUUCAUUUGGAACAUAUUCCAAAUACGAAGGCUCAGAAAACAGCCUAAUUCAAUGUUUUUAUUUUUAUGUAUUUGGAAUGUUGGUUAUGUUUCCUGAUCUUGAAGAAGUGGCUUUAUGCAGUAUAUAUCCUAUGGGCCCCAGAAGCUCAUUCACCUCUGGUCACCAGGGCUAUAUGCUCUAGAUGCUCUCUAUGUGGGCUGCCUGAUCCUUCUGUUGUGGCAGGCUGACUACCCAGGCUGCAGUGGUAAGCAUGGCUGGCCCCCAGUCUGGUUGGUUGUCAGGCCCUGCCUUGUAUGGGGGUUUCUGGCCCUGGUGGGUUGGGGCUGGGUCUUGACAUGGCUGGCUACAUGGCCAGGGGAGUCCCAGUGUUGGUGACUGCUCACUGGUGGGCAAGGCUGGGCCAUAAGGCUGCUAGCUUCCAAGCCCAGGGGGAUCCUAGAGCUAGUACUGACCCACUGGUGGGUGGGUCCAGAUCUCAGGGUGGCUGGCUGCUAAGUCAGUGUUCCUGGAGCCUGUUCAGCCUGCUGGUGGGUGGGGCUGUGGUUGCAGGGUCUGGGGUGUCCCAGAACUGGUGUCAUUAUGCUGUCAGGCAAGUCUGGGGCCCAAAAUAUCAUGGAACGGUGCUAGCCUGCUGGUGGAUAGGCCAGGUCUUGACACAGCUGGCUGUGGGACCUCAGUGGUCCCAGGGCUUGUGUCUGCCCAUUUGUGUGCACGGCUGUGGGCAGAAGGUCCCUAGGCUGGUUUCUGCCCUUUGGUGGUUGAGGCCAGAUCCCAGGGCUAAUGCUGGCCCAAUGGUAGGCAGAUCCAGUCCUGGGGUCUCUAGCUGUGGGGCCCCAGGAGUCCUAAAGUUGGUAUUUGCUCACAGGUGGGAGGGACUAAGGCCCCUCUGAUGGGUGCAUUUGUCACAAGAGUCCCAGGGGCUGGUGCCAGCCAUCUGAUGGGUGGGGCUGUGUCCGGCAUGGCCAAGGUUCAGAAGAGCCUUCAGCAGGCUGCCUGCUAAUGGGUGGGGCUGUGUCCCUCCCCAGCUAGGUGCUUGGCCUGGGGCAUUCCAGGUCUGGUGCUGGCUGGCUGGUGGGUGGGGCCAGGUCCCCGCCCUGAAGGGAGGAUUCUGAAAUGUCGUUUUUACCACCACCAGUGUCCUCGUGGUUGGAUGAGCUCCCACAAAUGGCUCCUUCAGCUUCUGUGUCUCCUGGCCAUCAGAAAUGAGUGGACAAUCAGAAAAAAACAAUUCCACUCAAGAGAGACACACAGGUCCAAGUUCUCCUGAGAAAAACUGUCAAAUCGGACAGAAGCAACUGCAACAGAUAGAGCGGCAGUUAAAAUGCUUGGCAUUUCAGAACCCUGGACCACAGGUAGCGGACUUUAAUCCUGAAACGAGGCAGCAGAAAAAAAAAGCACGAAUGUCAAAGAUGAAUGAGUAUUUUUCUGUAAAAUGCAAAGUUAUGAAGAAGUAUGACAAGAGCGGUAGGCUCCUCUGCAAUGAUGCUGACCUGUGCGACUGCCUGGAGAAGAACUGCCUGGGCUGCUUCUACCCCUGCCCCAAGUGUAACUCCACCAAGUGUGGCCCCGAGUGCCGCUGCAACCGCCGCUGGGUCUACGACGCCAUCGUCACCGAGUCUGGGGAGGUCAUCAGCACGCCGCCCUUCAACAUUCCCGACUAGGUGCUGGCCCACGAGGGCUCAUCUGUUUCAUCUUUGAAUUGAAGCCAGUCUCUUGUCUCUUGGGUGUAUUUUAGGGCUUGGGGGAAAUGUUUAAGAAAAGCAUAUCUAAGGCUCAUGUUCUCUAAAGCCAUAGAACAAUGUGGGAGCAUCCAUCCUUCUCUAACCUUCCCACUGUGACUUGCAUUCCUCCCCCUGUAACCUGAGAGAGUGCCUGUGGAUGCUUAUCAGCACAACACCUCCAACUCUGCUCUGCUCUCAGAUUUAAAAAUGGAGUCCCUGUUGUGGUUCAGCUGUAAUGAACCUGACUAGUAUCCAUGAGGAUUCUGGUUCAAUCCCU